CGAGAACGCUACGCCACCACGCCAUCGAGGAAAGAAAGCCACUGGCUCUGCUCCGCGCGUCCGUCACGACUCACAACUCGAAAGGAAGGAUUCCCUGUUCUUGCUCCGUUUCCUGCUCUGUUUUUCCUCUGAUCGAAAUUGGGGUCGAGGACUCGAGGGAGAUGGUGCACCACCACCGGGCCAGCCUGCUUGUGCACCAGCAGCAGCAGAGGAAGGGCGAUCCAGGGGAGCCACUGCCGCAGGAGGGAGGAGGCGGCAGGAUGAAGGAGCUCCGGGGGCGGCUGGCGGAUUACGCCUGCCACCACCGGAAGCACGGCCACGACGCGCUGCUCCGCAUGCUCGCCGGGUUCGCGCUAGUCUCCUGCCUCCUCCUGCUGCUCCCGGGCAGCCCCGUCUCUGCCGCAAUGGACGAGCUGCUGCAGCUCGGGAGGAGGAUGCGGCACGACGAGGAGGCGACCCCCGUGCCGCCGUGCGCGGACGUCGCCAACGGCACCGUCUGCUGCGACCGCACCGCCCUCCGCACCGACGUCUGCGUCAUGCGCGGGGACGUCCGCACCGAGGCCGCCUCCAAUUCGCUCUUCUUGCUCGUGCGGCCCAACUCGUCCGCGGCCGCCGCCGACGAGCGUAUCCGGCCCUACACGCGCAAGUGGGAGUCCAGCAUCAUGAGCACCAUCGACGAGCUCCGCCUCCGCGCCGUGCCCGAGGGGGCCACCGCCGCGCCGGGCCAUUGCGACGUCCGGCACGAAGUCCCCGCCGUUGUCUUCUCCACCGGCGGGUACACCGGCAACGUGUACCACGAGUUCAACGACGGCAUCAUCCCGCUCUACAUCACCGCGCGCCAGUACAACAAGAAGGUGGUGUUCGUCAUGCUCGAGUACCACGACUGGUGGAUGACCAAGUACGGCCACAUCGUCGAGCAGCUCUCCGACUACCCGCCCAUCGAUUUCGCCAACGACCGCCGCACGCACUGCUUCCAAGAGGCUGUAGUCGGGUUGCGUAUCCACGACGAGCUCGCCAUUGACACCGCGCGGAUGACGGGCAACCAAUCCAUCCAGGACUUCCGCCAGAUGCUCGAUGACGCUUACCGUGGCCGUGUCCAGACGAUCAUCGAGGAAGAGGAGAAGGAAGCUGCGGAGGCGGCUGCGAGGAAACAGCACCACCGCGGCAGCAAGAGGAGCCGGCGCACCAAGACGGUCGAGGACGACAAGCCGAGGCUCGUGAUCGUGUCCCGGAACGGGUCGCGCGCGAUCGAGAACGAGGCCGAGCUGGUGCGCGCCGCGGCGGGCGCUGGAUUCCGCGUCGACGUCCUGCAGCCGCGCCAGGACACGGAGCUCGCCAAGAUGUACCGUGCCCUGAACGCGUCUGACGUCAUGGUUGGCGUGCACGGCGCAGCUAUGACGCACUUCCUGUUCAUGCGCCCGGGGUCCGUGUUCAUCCAGGUCGUGCCGCUCGGCACCGACUGGGCCGCCGAGACGUACUACGGCGAGCCUGCGCGGCGGCUCGGCCUGCGCUACAUGCCGUACAAGAUCCUGCCGUCCGAGAGCUCGCUGUACGGGCAGUACGCCAAAGACGACACGGUGCUCACCGACCCGGACACCGUGAACGCCAAGGGGUGGCAAGUCACCAAGAAGGUUUACCUGGACGGCCAGAACGUGCGGCUGGACAUGGCACGGUUCCGCCGCCGGUUGCGCGAGGCUUAUGGCCACUGGGCUGAGCAGAGGCAGCGCCACCGCGUGGAUUCAGGGAUGGAACAGAGGAGGCCACUAUAGCAUGUAUGUUCAGGAGGAUCUUUUAAACAUCUUUUUUCGUUUUUGUGACAUGGGGAAUGUUGUACAAAACAUAUACAGAGGGGAUUGCUGCGGAGUUUGAUGUUACCGAGUGACAUUGGUACUUGGCCGUAGAUAGAUGUUGCCUUAUUUACAUUUGUGGUAGUUGGUAUACAGAGCAGCGCCGUUGUAAUGUACAUAACAGAUGGUGAAACAAAUAAUAAAUAAAGACAAAAUUUGUUCGACAAA